AUGCCUGAGUUGCGCCCUCAGUUCUUCCUCGGCCGCGACGAUGGCUCUAUCGUGCCACUCAUCGCUCUAGAUGAGUUGCCCCCUCAUGUUUCCAUCAGAGGGGUGCCACGCAACAUGAGUCUAGGAGAAGCCGAGGACAUGAAAAACUUGGGCCAGAUCCCCUGGUACGGCGUAUACCACGUCGACCUCGUCAAGGACCGCGUUGGCAUUACGACACACCCCACCAAUGACACUGUUGCUGCCAUCACCCCGUACAAUGGGGGUAGCAAGGGGAAGAGCCGGCUCUCUGAGAAGAAGGUGAAUGGGAGUCCCAGUAAGCAGAUCAAGGUGUACUGCACUUACUGGAUCCGCCACGGGGAGUGCGACUUUGCGCAGCAGGGCUGUCGGUUCAGGCACGUCAUGCCCACUGACCUUCCAACCCUUCAGUCAAUCGGUUUCAGUGAUAUCCCGUCGUGGUAUCGCGAGAAAGGAGGGUUGGAAAGUCUGCGCUCUGGUCCUUCUUCUACUGGCCUCCCCAAGGGGAACUGGCGAAAGCCAUCAACUCCCCCGAAAACCAUUGCAUACCACGACGAAGAUACACUGGGCAAUGGCAACCCCUUGGGACCAACCGAGAAGCCUGGUGACAAGGCUCUCGACCACCACGACAAUGCCCGCCCCUCGCCAGAGCUUAUCGGCAGGGCCAGCGGCUUUGAGAAUACGGCAGGGUACCCGUAUAUACAAGAUACGUUCCUGGUUUCUCCCGCCUCAACCCCCUCCAUGUCGCACACAGUUGACUCAUUGUCUCCACGAAGCUCCCUUGGAGGACACAACCUGUGGUCACCCACUGAUCAGAAAGUGAAGGGACGCCAUACCGUCGCUUCUGGGGGACAGGCUUGUGAGAAAAUGGUGGACGAUUCGGAACCCGAGUACCGCAGCAUUACUGAGCUGCUUCCUUAUUCCGUUCCGGAAGACCGGUUUGGAAACAUCACGACGGAGCGGUCGACCCCUGAAAGGGCCAUGGCUUAUUGGUGCUGGGGUCCUUGUUUUUAA